AAUCCUGCAACUCUCUAAUGCCCCAGCCAGAGGAAGUUAUACAACUUGUAGCAGCAGCCGAUAACAAUAAUGACACCUGCGAGAUACGCAGUCAACAUAUCAAAAAUGGUCAUACAUUUCUGGUGACCACUGUGCGCACGGAAACCAUAACCACCACCACCGAAACGAAUCUAAAGGAGAGUGAACAAUUGAAAGCAGUGCCCAUAAUGCAAAAGCCCAUUGAGGCUCCAGCCGAAGAAAAACCUUGCUGCAGCAGUUCCUGUUCUUCGCCGGAUAACUCCACAAAAGCCAUAGUUCCUUUGUCCUCAUCCUUACCCUCCAAACUCUUAAGGUUCCAUGCCAAACGAUCGGCCCAAGCUUUACUGCAGCGCCUAGAAUCCCAAGAACAAUCCAUUGAUUCACAAUUUGAUAGUGAUGAAGGUUUGACGGCUGGCUAUAGUGGUUGCAGCAGUAACAAUGGCGAGGAUUACAUAUCCCAGGCCAGCUGUGAUUCUUUGGAUAAUCUGCCAGAGCCCUCAGCUCCACCCAUGUCACCACCACCACCCCGUAAUUCACCUUCCACCGAUAAUACCGAUGAGAAAAUUGAUGUAGGCAUGGGCUCUUCCAUAGAGGGUUCCGAGGAGUCAGAAGAGGAUGAUGAGCUGAAACCCUUGGCCGUGGAUAAUCAUGUUUUGCAUGAAAUCGAUUUAAGAGCCAUCAACACAACCACCACCUUAAGCUCUACAACACCCAUAACCACAGCCGUUUUGGAGGCAGCCGUGGAAAAAUCUCUCAGCAAUACUGCCGUUCUAAGUGAGGCCAAUUUGGAGAAAUUCCGCAAACAUCAGUCGGUCACACAAACACAUCCCAUAAUGGAUAAUAUUUAUUUGCAUCCCAAUUUUAAAUAUGAUUUCAAUGCAAAAGAGCAAAUUCCAGAAAACCCCCUAAAACCUGCAGACACAGCCAUCAGUGCUACAGCUUUGGAACAGAAACGUGUUCAUCGCUCAUUUUUAACUAUGAAAAAGUCAGAACCCAUAGCCGAAAAAGCCAAUUCAGUUGUGUCUCAGGCCACCUCGGCCUCUGGCGAUAAGACCCUAAUCAAUGAGAUAGAUAAUUUGGAUCCAGCUCUAAUACCCAGUGAGGAAAUGGCUGCUGAAAUAACCGAUGCUGUUGAAUACUAUUUCUCUAAUGAUAGCAUCCUCAAAGAUGCCUUCCUGCUAAAGCAUGUGAAACGUAAUAAGGAGGGUUUUGUUAGCCUCAAAUUGGUGUCCAGCUUUAAGCGUGUUCGUCAAUUAACCAAGGACUGGAAGGUGGUGGGCAAUGCUGUAAGACGUAAAUCGCACAAAAUUGAGCUCAACGAUGUGGGCACCAAGGUUAGAAGGGUGGAUGCUUUGCCAAAUUUCGAUGAAACCAUGCCUUCGCGCACUAUUGUUGCUUGUGAUUUGCCCCUAGAUAAGUUAAGCAUAGAGAAGGUGUCGGAUAUCUUCUCCAAGUGUGGAGAAAUAGCCUUGAUACGCAUUCUAAAACCCGGCAUGGCCAUACCCGUGGAUGUGCGUCAAUUUAUGAAUAAGUAUCCGGAAAUGCAGCAAAAAGAAUGUGCCUUGGUGGAGUAUUUGGAAUCUUCCUCGGCCAGAGAAGCCAGAAAUUUACAAGGUCCAUUUAAGGUCUUUGAAAUGGUGGCUCCCAAAAAGAAGACUGGCAAGAAAGCAGUCAUACAGGUUUCGGCUCCCGUGGUACGUAUGGUGGAGAAUUAUCGCUAUUUCAAUGAUCAUAACUAUGAACGCACAAGAGGUGGCAGUUUCAGUGGUGUGCCAGUACAAGAUGUAGAUUUGCGCUAUAGAUUGAAACGUAAUAAUUCAGAUUUUGCGGCCAAAGCUUAUGGCACAGAUGUUCAUCAUUCAUUUGGGCCAACAGCAGCAACACCACACUAUCAUCACUCUUCGCCAACGUAUGCAACAUCUCAUCGUGGUAGUUUUGGCAGUGAACAUCAUCAGCCGCAACAUCAACACCACCAACACCACCAACAAUCACAUCAUGAACCAUCGGCAGGACGCUAUCAAUCCCGAGGUAGUAUUAUUCAAGACAUAACCAGUCAAACUCCUUCGUCUCCUGGUACCCAAAGCAAUUUCUUUGCUUAUACUCCUCGCAGAUACAGCAACACCUCAACUAUAUCAACUAAUACAGCCAACAAUAACAGCAUCAAUAAUAUUGAUUCAUCCAUGACGGCCAAGCCCACACAUACGAAUUUGAAUAAUAUUUCAAAUAACACUGGCAACACUCACAAUUUAGCUAGACGUCUUUCGAAUUGUUCUCAGGAAGGCUAUGCCGAUGCAGUUAGGCGUUCUUCCAAUUGUUCGGAAAAUGCUCCGCAAAGACGUGACUCUAAUUGUUCCGACAAUUGUCCAUGUACGAGACGCAUUUCCGAUUUUGGACAAACUGAAGUAUAUCGCAAGACUUCUCAGGGUUCUAUAGGCAGUGGCGGGGAAAGGCGUUUCUCCAAUGGCUCCAUGCAAUUCGAGAGAACCUUCUCCAAUGGCAGUGAUAUUAGUAAUAACUUCCAUCGUCGUCCAUCGGCUGACUACAAUUUGGAGCGCAAGCAAUCGUUAGAAACUCAAACUGGCUCGCCUUAUGAUGAUCCCAACGUGGGUGGCGGUGGUGGUGGCUACAAUGUCUUUCCACGCCGUUAUUCCAAUAACUUCAACAACAGCAACAAUAUCAGCAGCAAAUUGGCGGCCUAUGAUAAUGCUCAAUACAUCAAUGGCAGACGUAUAUCCACCGAUUCCGGUUACGAUCGUCGUUUUUCAUUUGGUUCUGAAUACGAGGGAUCACCGCGUUCUCGCACCAAUAGUUUUCUCAACAACUACAAGCAUGGCCUCAACGAUUAUGAUGGCCAGCCUCGCUCGCGUACUGGCAGUUUCCUGGAUGGCUCACCUCGCUCCCGUUCCGGGUCAUUUGCUCAACGUACAGCUGAACAUUUAGUGCGCACACCCAUUGGACCAGAUGGCAGCAAAGGUUUUGGUUCACGUGCUCGCAAAUUUGAGCAAACCAUAUCUCCCGUUUAGGC